CGGAAACACCAGAGAGAAACAUCCCGGAACCCGGAAGUAGUGGCGUGCCGUUCCUCGUGGUUUAGGAUGGUGGCUGGGUAACACCUGAGUUUGCUGGAUGUGAAGGCCCGUGAUACUAAGACACAAGGCACGAUGUCUCGCGUAGAAAUGGAGGACGAUUUGUCACUAUCGUCAGAUUCUGAUGAAUCUGUUAUCGCCGACCGUGAGCUCCAGGAGGCAUUUUCGAAAGGUUCUAUAAAGCCAGGCUUAAAUGUUGUGUUGGAGGGGCGACCAAAACCUUUCAACAAUGUGGAUGGAUUGAAGCAGUGCUUAUCCGAAUUCCAACAACACUUGGCCUGGGUUGAAAGGCUAGAUAUUACUUCUCCAUUGACAAAUACUACACAUACAACUUCUAAUCAGACUCUUGACAAAGAUGCUAUAGACCCUGAGGAUGACUUCAAGAGAGAGAUGAGCUUUUACCGUCAGGCCCAGGCAUCCGUUCUAGAAGCCUUGCCUCGGUUACAUCAGCUCAAAAUCCUUACCAGGCGGCCUGAUGACUAUUUUGCAGAAAUGGCAAAAUCUGAUCAGCAAAUGCAGAAGAUCCGGCAAAAGCUGAAGAGUAAGCAGGAGGCAAUGGAGAAAUCUGAAAGGGCCAAACAACUCCGUGCUCUCAGGAAGUACGGCAAAAAGGUGCAAAUUGAGGUGCUUCAGAAGAGGCAGAAAGAGAAGUCCACAAUGUUGAAUGCCAUCAAGAAGUAUCAGAAAGGUCUCUCAGACAAGCUGGAAUUCUUAGAGGGGGAUAAAUCAUCAGCUCCUCUGGGAAAGAAAAAAGAGGGCAGUGGAAGCCAACCAGUCAAGAAAGGACCAAAUGCAAAACGGCGCUACAAGAAUCAGAAAUUUGGCUUUGGUGGGAAAAAGAAAGGGUCAAAAUGGAAUACCCGGGAAAGUCAUGAUGAUGUGUCCAGCUUCCGUGCUAGUAAAGCCCAUUACAAGGGUCCUGGAAAAGGAGGAAAAAAGGGUGCCAAUAAGAGGCCUGGCAAAAAGAUGAGGCAGAAAAUGAAGAAUCGUUCACGAUAAGGAGUGAAAUGAAUGGGCGUUUUUUCUUUUGUGGGAUUAGAAGUCAUCCAGAAUGUCAGCAUAUGGCUAUGAACUGGUGCCACUUUUUAACUUGCUGGCCAAUCAAUGUGCUAUAGAAGCAGCAUCUCAUUCUACCAGACACUGGGUACACCAGUGUUUCUAUAGAAAACAGUAACUACAUGUGUCUUGCUGCCUCAUUUUCAUACUGAUUUGGGUUUUUGAGUCUCCCUUGUUUGAUAAUAGCAAUUAAAUUACAUUUUUGUGUACACUUUUAA